AGACUACUGGAAGGCCAAAGUUGAAGAAAAUAUUCCCUGGCUUGAAUCCGAAGAGCAAUACCGUGUAACCUGUCCAUGAACAAUCCAUCUCUCUCAUCUUUGCACCCAAUAUAUUUUAAACAGAAUUUUAUACAAGAAUCACAACGGUGCUUUUUCAAAUAUAUCUUAACAUUUUCAAUUCAA